UGGGGUUCUGCCCCCGUUGUGGAUCCCUAGCGAUGCUGUGGUGUGGUAAUGUGUGUAAUUUACUGGCACUCAGAUCACGGUGAAGAAAAGGGGAAAUCAUGUCUUCACGCCUUCUAAUUACACUUCCCUUGACGAGUGCAGCUGCUCAGAAUCAAAUUAAAACAACAACAAAUUAAGAGAAGACAGACAUGAAUUAAAUAUAGAAAGGAAAGAAAGAGAACGAAAGAAAGAAAUAUGAGCUCCACAAAACAUCUCAUUCUGAUAUUAUUUUUUGCACUGAUCCCAUUUGCAGAUCUCACAGAUAAGCCAGCUAAGGCUGUAUUGACCCUGGAUCCCCCCUGGGCUGUCAUAUUUACUGGUGAUAAAAUCACACUGAAAUGUGCAGCUGAUGAUUUUUGGUACUUUAAAUGGUACCAAGCUAGGAAAAAAGAUUCGCUGAACAAAAUCAGAGCUGAGGAAUACACAAUCAACACAGCUGCUGUGUCCCACAGCGGGGAAUAUACCUGUAAAGGUGAUCAUUAUUUAUCAGAAUCCAUCUUGAGUGAUCCUAUUCACAUAACAGUAUCUGAUGAGCGAGUGAUCCUGCAGACUCCCCCCCAGCCUGUGUUUGAGGGAGAUGCUCUGACUCUGAGGUGUCGUGACCGCUAUAAUUCUGAUAUUACCAGGGUUGUCUUUUAUAAAGAUAAUAAAGAGUUACAGUCCCAGGCUGACACAGAGCUGAGUGUGGCUCGUGUUUCAAAGAGUGACGAGGGGUCCUACAAGUGCAGAGCGUGGAGGUGGAGCGCCUACCUGGGUGACUCUGCAGAGGUGCGGGUGUCAGUGAGAGAACGACCCCAGGCUGUCCUGACACUGGAGCCUGCAUGGACACAGAUAUUCAAAUCAGAGAGCGUGACACUGAGAUGUGAGGUUCAGGGGGAUUACACUGGCUGGAGAUUGACAUGGUACAAAGAUGGGAAGAAAGUUUCAGCAACCCAGGAUUACUACAGCAGGAUAGAUGACAAAUAUACAAUUAGCUCUGCUACUCAAUACCACAGUGGAGAAUAUACCUGUCAAGGUGAAAGGACAGGUAACCCAUCGUACUCUAAAACAAGCGAUGCUCUUACACUGAGAGUAUCAAAGCUGUUCAGCACACCCACUCUGACAGUGCUACCUGGUGCCUCAGUGUGGGAGGGAGAGGCUGUGACUCUGCAGUGUGGGGCUCAGAUAAAUAAACAGGGCACACAACUGCAGUACCACUAUAUCAAAGACAACGGGAAUCAGAGAAGAGCUGGAUCACAGGAUCAGCACUCAAUCCCAGCGGCAGAGCUGAGAGACACAGGGAGUUACCAGUGUGAGGUGGAGGCAGCAGGGACGGGGCUGAAGAAAAAGAGUGGUUCUGUGUCACUGACUGUGAAAGAGCUGCCCCAGACUACACUCACCCCUGAGCCUCCAUUCCCAGAGAUAUUCAUCGGGGAGACAGUCACUCUGAGGUGUGGGGUUAAGGGGGGUUCUGCUGGCUGGAAAUAUCUCUGGUACAAAGACAGUGAGGACACUCCAGUGCUCCAGACUGCUGCUGGUGACAGCUACACAAUCACUGCAGCUGCUAUAUCUGACCAGGGCCAGUACUGCUGUCGAGGACAAAGAGGAGAUCAGCCACUCUACUCACAGCGCAGCGAUAAAGUAAUAUUAACUGUGUCUGAUACAUGGGUGAUUCUGCAGACGCCCCCCCAGCCUGUGAUUGAGGGAGACUCUCUGACUCUAAGGUGUCGUGUCCGCACAAAUUAUACAUUUUCUAGGAUUGUCUUUUUUAAAGAUAAUGAAGAGAUUCAGUCCCAGAAUAACACAGAGCUGAGUGUGGAUCGUGUUUCAAAGAGUGACGAGGGGUCCUACAAGUGCAGAGCGAUGUGGAACUCCUCAACUUACUCUGGUGACUCUGCAGAGGUGCGGGUGUCAGUGAGAGGUAGGUUCACUCGAACAUCACCCCUUCUCUGUCUGUAAUGUCUCCCUGCUACAUUAAUAUUGGAG